AUGUUUGGUCCAACUCCGCUGAUAGCGCUGUUGUACGGGCUCUAUGUAGCCAACGCUCAGCAGUUCCAAGACCGCGUAUUCCCCUACGAGUCUUUAGGGCUGAGCAGCAAGUGUCUCGCUGCGAUUAACUGUACUGUGCCGUCGUGCCCUAGCUGGCUCGUCCCGCACGCCGGUCUAGAGGCAGCCAGUUUCAACAUCUUAGCAAAAGCCGAGCUCCAGGCUCUCUGUAACCGCACUUGUCAGGAUGAUCUUGUUCGCCUGAGGACAAAAGUGCUCGGUGCCUGCACGGCGAGUGAAGAUGUGAUGGUUCCAGGCGGCAUUGCGUACCCAGGUAGGCCUCGGGCUAACUACCUAUCCCGGCAUACGGCCUAUUCGACUCUUCUAACUGUGGCACCUACCUAUUGUUGCAGAGCCACAGGCGAGUAUUGUGACACAAUUAUCGCACCAUGGAUGGACCAGACUGAGCCGUAUACAAAGGCUCAGAACUGCUCGGAGUGCCGGGUAGCAAUCCAAGCAAAGCAGCUUGCGUCUCCGUUUGGUUUCGACGAAGAAGCUGCCUCUGACUUCGCUUUUACCACCUCAAGCUGUUCAGCGAGCACCUACAGCUUUGCCAGACCCACGCAGUACGCACUUAACUCGACCACCCAACCGCCGUCAAAACCUACCUGCACUGCAAACCGAACAUACAUUAUCCAAGCAGGGGACUCAUGCAAUGGCAUUGCCGAAGCACGCGGGGUUGCAACAGAAGCUCUAAUCAACCUGAACGGGCUGGACUUGGGUUGCUGCGGGAUACCACCCACCAAUACCACAAUUUGUCUCCCGCCCCCUUGUAGGAUCCGCGAACUCGGCCUCAGCGACACAUGUGAAUCCAUCACAGCAGCUGAGAACAUCACCAUCAGCCAACUUCUCGCUUGGAAUCCGGUUCUCAGCCCGGGCUGCGGUAACCUCAUCAGAUGGCGAGGCCGGUUCAUAUGCGUCAGUUCACCCCUCGGGAUCAUCAACGUGCCCGACGGCGGCGCCGCAACAACCCAAGCUCCCGUCCCCAACAACACGCAGGGGGGAUCCAACACGUACUGCGGGCAGUGGCACACCAUCCAGCCAGACGACACAUGCGCAUCCAUCUCGCUCGCGCACGGCAUCACGCUGGACGACUUCUACUUUCUCAACCACCAGGUCGACAACGUCAGCUGCAGCAAUCUCUGGCUCGGCUACGCCUACUGCGUCAAGGCCGUCGGCAACAUCCAGACCUACCCGGACUACCCGGUGUUGAUGCCGUCCACCACUUUCACCCGCCCGCCCCCCGCCAACACAACCGCACCUCCGGCGUUCGAUCCUCCUCCUCUUAGUCCCCGCGCCUCGGGGACGAUCGAUGGGUGUGACCAAUAUAAGAAUGGGUGGUCGGAGCGCGUUACGGCCCGGGAUCCCGACGCCAACACGUGCAUGAGAUGGGCCAUGAUGGCCGAUGUCUUGGUUGCGCAGCUCAGGCGAUGGAACCCGAGCUUGAACGAGAAUGGCUGUGUCCUUUUGGCCGAGUUCAGCUACUGUAUCGUCAAGGCCGACGAUAUGAACGGUAAGUGGAGUUGA